GAGACCAAGUGGACCGGAAUCGCGGAAGACGCAACGGCCGUCUUUUUCCGGUGUUGGUGGCCUCUCUAGGGCGGCUGAGGACAGCAGAGUGGAGUCCUCGAAGACACAACGGAGAUGGAUCCAGUCCUGGGAAAUCGAAUGAGGAGAUCGAGAUGAGGUCUUAUUCUUGCAAAGUGGAGGAGGACGGUGGAGAACUAACUGUCGUUGUGAACGAUGGGAACGAAUUGACGAGUACUAAACGGGGGGGGAAGUGUACUUCGUCGAGACGGGUGGAAGAGAGAAAAGUGGAAAAGUGGAAAAUACAGAAAAUCCGCGGGGAUCCACCGCCGGUCCAGACUUCGCAGUCCGCUUCGCCUGCGCUGCUUGACUCCUCCACUCCUCCACGACCCUCCGCUUCCUUAUGAGCAAUCCUCCUUCCCACUUUCCCUUCAAUCUCUCUCAUCCUCCUCUGUUAUCCUCGCUCUCUCUCUCUCCACGCCUCUCAUCUUCUGCUUUUUCUUCUCCUCCAUCACCUCUCCUUGCACGCACUCCUCCCAACCCACUUCCCCUCGUUCAACCUCCUACCAAACAAACACUCCCUUCGUUCAAUCUACGUGAGACGUGUCUUGCAAUCCGUCUUCACGGCUUAUCUUCUUUCACGAUCAUUGAGAGCGAGUCUCCAAUCAAAAUCUCAAAAUAAACUUUGUCGCCUGGUCUUUUGCCUUUUGCCUCCAUCCGAUCUUGCAGCCGCAAGGUCCGACCAGCCAACGAGAGCAUCGAACGCCUGCAGCCCCUCGCGUCCACAACUCAAACAUCUUAACUACCUCAAGACACUAGUCAAACCACCAACUCCCCUUGGAGAUCUCCUGUACCUCCUUUUUUCAGCCACACACACGCGCUUGCCACUUCGCUGCGUCAUUCGUAGUAUGGCCAGUGUUGCGUGCAUCUGAUCAGCUCUAAUCUCCACGCUUAUCCCCCGCCUUAUCUUGCCUUUCUCUAUUUCAACACGCUCUCUCUCUCUCUCUCUUGCUAGACAACGUUCCACGCGAUUUCAUCCCUUCGGCGUGUUUUGAAAUCGUCCCAGCCCUCGGAAGCUAGUCCAGCAUUGUUUAUUUGGGCUGUCUGGAUCUUUCGAACGCGUUGCCAACUUUCUUCCCGUCUUUAAAAGGUCCCUGGAGAUUCCUCCUUCAGCACAAAAGCCAUUUUACUUUACACGGACCACAAUCCGCUCAAUUACAACAUGUCUGCGCGCCCCGAUUCAGCCAAGGUUGCCCAGAUCCCGGAUGGUUCCUCUUUCACUUGGAUCCUUGACCAUAUUGCCCGCUACCCUGCUACCUACGAAAUUCCCCUUCGCGACAUGUACGCUCUCAAUUGCCAGCCGAGUCGGUCUUUCAUGGCGGGCGGCACUUCACCCGAAACCGCUUUCAGCCCGCGCAACUCGACCUCGACUCAGGCCUCGAACUCUUCACAGGAAAGCGCCGUGGAUGCUGCCGCCGACUUCCGCUCCCAGUUGAUCCACCAGAUCGCUCGGAUGCCCUCGCAGCCUUGCUCGCUCCCGCCCAGCUUUUUGACAUCCUUCCUCCGUCGUUGCUUCCCCAACGACCUGACGCAGGUGGACUUCCCCCAAAGCUUGACUGCUUUAGACUACGCCAAAGACCUGCAGAACCGCUGGAAGAAAGAAAUGUCCCUUGCCCUGCAGCGAUUGAAUAUUGGACGUGACGAAGCCGAGAACCUCAAAAAUUCGGAGCUCGCCAUCAAUUAUCCCGGUGUCGUGUCCUGGCUUGAGUCGCUUAAUGCCAAGGGCCGGAUUCUCGAGGCACUGUACACCCAGAUCUAUGUGGGCCUGCGCCGCUGGAUGAUUAUCAAUGAGAUUCUCCUGGAGCCGCGCAACAAGCAUAACCACAUCGCUCUGCUCAACACCCUCUAUCCUCCCAUCUCGCCCGGGGCCGUGACUCCAACUCCUCAAUUGACCUACCAAAUUCUCAAGAUGCAUCGCGACGCAUUUUUCAAGACUAUUAACAAGGUCAGCCCUCGCGACACAGAUGCUGUACACCAGAUGAUUCACCAGGGCGAAGGUGAAGAAGGCGAGGGUUCUUGGCCCGCCGUCCACAAGACUCUGGAAAAGUUUCUCGAUCUGGUCAACGAGAUGAUUGACGAGUGUGUCUUGGUCAAUGAGCCCAGUCACUUCGAUGAGUCCCACAGCUCCUCCCGUAGCAAGACUCGCAAGGUCGACUCCGGCUGCAGUUUUGGCACCACAGGCUCUACCGGGUCUGAUAUGAGCAUCGCCGAGGGCGUUAUCGACAAGCCCCUCCCACAGUUCCCCAUUCCCACGGACGAGAACGAGGGCAACACUUCGAACAAAGGCUCAGUCUUGGAACGCCUUGCCCGCGAGCUCCGCUCUCUGGGCCCUGCGGCCAAGCUUCGUAGCCUCCGGAAGAUGAAGUCCACCACUGCCCUUGCUCGGCCUGGAAGCCAGCACAGCAGCACCUACAAUUCCUCUCUCUUUGAAGUCUCCGAGGAGAAGCGCGAUCGUCUGAUUCGCGAUGCGUACACUCGCAAGAAUUCUCAAUCUCAAGUGUCGACCACCGCUGACAACCAGUAAAGCAAUUUCUGGUUCUCCCACCCUACUAUUCUUACCGUUGAGCCUGGUCUCAACUUGACACGUUCUAUACAAACUCUUUCGCGUUCCAACUUUCCCUCGGCGUCUCUUACACUGGAGAACAAACAAAAAAGACAUCGCAGGCUGCAUAUAUGGGAACGUUCUGGCUAUCUGUUUCCAUAUUGAUCUUUCUCGGAGCUUUCGGCGCACUCGGACACUACAUGCAUUAUUAUGGGAGUCAAAAGUCUGGCGCUGGUAUCUAUCAACUGUUUUAACGACAUCAUGUGUUUACGAUAUUCAUACUCGACGGACUAGGUUUCAUUUUCAAAUGAAAACAUUGAACAAUAU